AUGCCUGAUCGAUGCCACCUCCUCGUCUCGCCGUCGGCCUGCCGAGUGCCGACGCUCAUCUCCCGCCUGGCCGCCUCCCACGUGCCACGCCCAGACGCCUUCCUCCUCACCUCGGGCCAUCUCGCCGCCUCCCCGCUGCGCCUCUCCAACCUCCUCCUCACACUCGCGUCCGUCCGCGGUGCCGCCGCGCACGCGGACGCCGUCUUCGCGCGCCUCCCGGAGCCCGCCGCCGCGACCAAGCAGCAACGGCAAAUGGGCGCCACGCCGGUGCGGUGGCCGCGUGUGCUGACCCCGGCGCAGCUCGCCGGAGCCAUACGCCGGCAGAAGAACCCGCUCGAAGCUGCCCACUUGUACUGGGACGCGCCUCGCCGCUACCCACCCUCCUGCUACCGCCACAAUGACGACGUCCGCUCCACCCUCCUAGGCGCAUCCGCCGGCUCCCCCAUCCUCCCGUCCCUCCUCCGCCGGGUCCUCCCAUCCUCCCCAUCCGCCGAUUCCCUCCUUGCUGCUUCGAUCCCCAGCCUCUCACCCGCAGCCGCCGUGUCCAUCUUCCGCUCGUCCCUCCCCUCCUCCCCGUCGCCGUCUUGGUCCCUCUCCUUCUCCGCUCUCCUCCGGCGCCUCGUCUCCCAAGCUCUACUCCCCGAGGCUGCCCGCCUCUUCGCCGACUUCGCCGGGCGCCCGGAAGUCUCAGUAGCAUCCGCGGAUCUUACUUUUCUCAUCGCUGGUCUCUGCCGCGUGCGGCGCCCUGACCUCGCGCUGCAGGUGCUCGACGAAAUGCCGAACCUAUGCCUCGCGCCAGAGAGGGACGCGUACCGCGCGAUUGUGCCUGCUCUCUGUGACGCUGGCAUGCUUGAUGAGGCUACACAUGUCGUCUAUUCCAUGCUGUGGCGGGUGUCGCAGAGGGGCUGUGACGCAGAUGUUGUGGUGUACCGGGCAUUGCUGGUCGCACUCUGUGCGGCUGGCCGGGGCGAACAGGCUGAGCUGGUUCUGGAUAAGGUGCUCAGGAAGGGGCUGAGGUCACCAGGUAGUCGUCGGUCUCUUCGUGUGCCAAUGCUUGCUGUGCUUAACCUCGAGGAUGCUCGGGAAUCCAUUGACCAGACGUUGGCUGUUCGAGGUGGCCGUACUGUAUGCAGCUUUGAGUCCAUGAUUCUUGACCUCUAUGAAGAGGGUCGGUUUGAUCAGGCAGACAAAUUGUUCGAGGACAUGGCCAAGAAGAAUUUCAAGCCAACAAUCUGCAUGUAUGAGGCGAAGAUAGCUGCUUUAUGCAGGGUAGGGAACGUGGAUGAUGCUGUGGAAGUGACGGAGGAGGAGCUGCCAAAGAAUGACCUUGUUCCAACAGUGACAACAUAUAACUUGCUCAUGAAGGGUCUUUGUGACACGAUGCAAUCAAUGAGGGCACUAGAAUACCUCAAAAAGAUGGAUAAGCAGCUUGGUUGUGUUGCUCAAAAGGACACUUUCUCAAUCUUGGUCCAUGGUUUGUGCUUAGAAACCAAGUUUAUUGAUGCUUCGAAGUUAAUGGAGAGAAUGGUGAAGGGACAUCAUUGGCCUGACAGAAGUGCAUUCAACAGUGUUAUUGAAGGUUUAUGUUCUGCUGGCAGAACUUAUGAUGCAUUGUUGUGGCUAGAGGAGAUGAUCGACCAUGGAGAAACACCAAACAUCCAUGUUUGGUCAUCCUUAGUCUCAGCAGUAUGUAUGUCCCAGUUUGAAGCUUUAGGAGCUGGACUGUUGGAGAAAGCUUAG